AAGCCUCAUCAGGCUCAGCCCCUUCUCCUCCUCCUUUGCCCUCCCCCUCCUGCCGCGCUUGGAAUUGGGUUUGGGGCGUGUUCUGCUUCCAAAGCCUUCUCCUCCUGCAGGGAGGGCUUGUCCUCCACCCCAAGCUCCCUCUCAUUUUUCCGGGGCUCUAGGCAGUACUUGGACUGGCCUGCUGCCCUGGUGGGUCAAGUACCAGGAGUCCCGAGAGGAGCCCUCCACAGGGAAGGCCUCCUCGGACCAGGACAGCCGCAGCCCAUCUGGGGUCCGCUUGGCUUCUACAUCUCUGUGCAGGAGUGAAAUCUUUUCAGGCUGUCUCCGGCAGGACAAGGACCAGGAUACAGAAACACAGAUCAAACUGAUCGAAAAGGUGGGUGCGCAGGCUGGUGAGCCGUGAGCAGCGAUCUGGACUCACCAGGCCUGAAGAUGGCUGGAAACUGUUCCUGGGAAGCCCAUCCCACCAACGGGAACAAGAUGUGUCCGGGUGGAGACGACGCCUCAGAAUUCUACAGUCGAGGCUUCCUGACCAUUGAGCAGAUCGUCAAGCCACCACCCCCGGCCAUCAUGGACUACAUUUUCCUGCUGCUUUGCCUGUGUGGCCUGGUGGGAAAUGGGCUGGUCCUCUGGUUCUUCGGCUUCUCCAUCAAGAGGACCCCGUUUUCCAUCUAUUUCCUGCACCUGGCCAGCGCCGACGGCGUCUACCUGUUCAGCAAGGCCGUGUUCUCCCUGCUGAACACAGGCGGCUUCCUGGGCCCCUUUGCCGACUACGUCCGCAGCGUAUGCCGGAUCCUGGGGCUCUGCAUGUUUGUCACCAGCGUGAGCCUCCUGCCUGCCAUCAGCACAGAGCGCUGCGUGUCAGUCAUCUUUCCCUCCUGGUACUGGCGCCAGCGGCCCAGGCACCUGUCAGCCGUGGUGUGCACCCUGCUCUGGCUCCUGUCCCUCCUGGUCACUGGCAUUCACAACUACUUCUGUGUGUUCCUGGGCCGCGAGGCCUCCAGGGCGACCUGCAGGCACAUGGACAUCUCCCUGGGCAUCCUGCUCUUCCUCCUCUUCUGCCCACUCAUGGUGCUGCCCUGCCUGGCCCUCAUCCUGCAUGUGGAGUGUCGUGUGCGGCAGCGCCAGCGGUCUGCCAAGCUCAACCAUGUCAUCCUGGCCAUCAUCUCUGUCUUCCUUGUGUCCUCCAUCUACUUGGGGAUUGACUGGUUUCUCUUCUGGGUCUUCCUGAUCCCGGCCCCCUUCCCUGAGUAUGUCACCGACCUCUGCAUCUGCAUCAACAGCUGUGCCAAGCCCAUUGUCUACUUCCUGGCUGGGAGGGACAAGUCACAGAGGCUGUGGGAACCUCUCAGGGUGGUCUUCCAGCGGGCCCUGCGGGAUGGCGCAGAGCUGGGGGAGGCCGCGGGCAGCACGCCCAACACAGUCACCAUGGAGAUGCAGUGCCCCUCUGGGAACGCCUCCUGAGUGGCCAGCACAUGGGGCAGGAUUGGCAGGGAGUGACCAGUGGCCUCCAGAGAUGCUCUGCUGAGGACAGAAACAGGGCAGCGGCCACCGUGCCCAGGUAGAGGGGAAAGGUCUGUCUCCAGCCCCUUGUGCCUCCUUCUCCCUGGGCUGCAGGCUCCAGCAGUGACUGGGAGGCUGAGCAGCCACCUGCAAAGAGAACCAGUGGCCCUGUGCCCACCAGCCACUCUGUUUCAGUGACCCACGGUACCAGAGUUGCCGCAUGGGUUGAGGUUCCUUGUGCCCCAGCCUGGUCAGUAAGGGAGAAGACAUAGUCACCCAGCCCUGUCCACCCUCCUUGAAGGUGACCCAGCCAGUGCCACCCCCAUGGGACAAGGGUGUUCAUCCCUACAAGGCACCAUCAGAGCAAACCCACAGGGCGUGGUGCUUUCAGGCAAAGGGUCCUGUUAACCUGCCUUGUAACCAAGUCUUUCCAGAAACAACAUCCGGGUACUCUUGCUGAGUCAUUUGGUGACUUAAUAGGGGAACGACUGGCCCCACCGGACUGCUGGAGACAGGACUCUUUGGAUGUCUUGGGUUGCUGACUGCCUUCCUGCCUCUGUGCUUGGCCCAUCCUGGGCACUCUGUGUGUCCCCUAGGCCACUGUGGACCAUCUGGGCAGCUCCUGGACAGAGUGCUUCAGCUCCGGCACCCACCUGAAAAUGGGCUCUGGCUCUACCUUGCCCACCUGAGGACUGGCACUAUGGUGCCCAUCAAUAGGCACAGUGACCCUGUGUUGCCAAAGGAAGUUUUAUAAAAGGCAAUAAAAUGUAUAUCAAUAAACAUCUUCUA